GGCACCCAUUGGUAGGUAGAACAGCAUUGUUGUGGGCAGUCUAAAUCCAAAAUGUCAUCAGAUACACAAUGUGGGAAACAAUGGCAGGAAUGGCUCUGUUUCAUCACACCUCACCGCGCUCCUCUGGAGGGGUCAUGAUGCACUGCAGCGGCACGGACAGAUCUCCACUAAUCCUCAACAGGCCAGUUCUCAGCGCAGUCUGGUGCCUUCACAGUGUCCACAGCCAUCUUGAGGCAGAGGCAGUUGCUAGGCAAGUGGAACUCAGUCUACGGAAAAGAUGAAUUUGGCUUUAAUCCAUGAGAAACUGAUCAUUAAGUCAUUCUGGGAGCAGCGAAUUGAUAAGCACUCCCAAGUAAGCGAUACCGAGGAAAGCAGAAUGAAGAAGAGCGCCCUGGCAAAGCUGAGAGAUGAAUGGCUCUGGAGACUGGAGAGCCGAACCAAACAUCUGAAGAGCUUCAACGAGGAACGCCUGAAGAGAACCAAGCCAGAGCAGCAGCUGGAGGAAUUACAGCAGAGGGAGGGCAAGAAAGCGAGAGAGGGAGAUGAAGGGAAAGACAACAGGGAAACUGACUGGAAACAGGAGGCCAAUGACGUGGAGGAGAUGGAGCAGAAUGGAGAGGUGGAACCAAAUGAGAACUCUGAAGAGCAGGAGGUGACCGAUGUAGCCGAGGAGACAGAAGAGACAGAGGUGACAGAGGAGAGUCGGGGUACUGGGCUAAAGGAUAUGGAGGAGGAUGUUGAGAUUACACUGAACGGGGAGGUCAACGGGGAGGUCGACUGGGAGGAGAUGCAGGCCAAAAAGCCAGAAAUGGAGAUCGAGCCAACGCAGGAGUGAACCUCUUCCUUCUCGCUGUACCCCACUAGAGAUGAACACAAAAGCCUGCCAUUGCC